AGGCGUCUACGUCUGCGUCGGCGGCUGCGGAAAAAGAAGCGAACGGCUUCCACGCGGGUCAUCGGUGACUUCGGUUGGGCGCGUGUGAGCGGUUGGAAGCGGUGGGCCCGGAGUCGUCACGAUGCCUAAAGCGAAGGGAAAGAACCGGCGGCGGAAGUUCGGUUAUAAUGUCAACCGGAAACGGCUGAACCGUAACGCGCGGAGGAAAGCCGCGCCGAAGAUCGAGUGCUCCCACAUCCGUCAUGCCUGGGACCGCUCCAAGUCUGUGCAGCAGAACCUGGCGGAGAUGGGCCUGGCCAUGGAUCCCAACAGGGCCGUGCCCUUCCGGAGAAAGGUAACAGCAAUGGAUGUGGAUGUUAGCAAGGAAAAAAAGCCCAGCAAGAUAGUUCGGAAACCAUAUGUCUUAAAUGACCUAGAAGAGGAGGCCAGCCUGCCUGAGAAGAAGGGUAAUACCCUUUCACGGGACCUCAUUGACUAUGUGCGAUACAUGGUUGAGAAUCACGGGGAGAACUAUAAGGCAAUGGCCCGGGAUGAGAAGAAUUACUAUCAAGACACUCCAAAGCAGAUCAAGAGCAAGAUUAAUGUAUACAAGCGGUUUUACCCUGAGGAGUUCCAAUCCUUUAUUGAUUCCCUGAAGAACAAAAUGGAAGUAGAGUGAAGGACCUGUGCCAUAAGCCAGUUGUGUCUUAGCUAAGUGAGCAUUGUUGGAGGCCUGGGUGGUUGGUGGCCUGGAGAACUCGGUGGGGAAAAUACAUCUGGCAAGAAAGGAGUCCUUUCCAUACUUUAUUGGAUUUCCCCAAGGUUGUACCCAGUCUUUUUUUCCCAGCUGGUGAUGGAUCAUAGAAAGGGGCUGUGCUAUUGCUGUAAGAAGUAGAUUUCAGGGAGUUGGAGAUGGGAAGGAGCCAGAACAAGUUGCCUCUAUAGAAGGGAUUUUUUAAAAUGCAGUCUUUGAACAUUAAAGUUCACGUGGCUUUGAAGCUUUCAAAUGGCUGUUGUAGAACAAAAGAGGUCAUGGGUUAAGAUGGGCAAUAUUCCCCCGAGUCUGGGCACUCAGAAGUUCCUUCCGCCUAGUUACCCUCCACUAUUAGAGCAUCCUUCUAGCCCUUGCUGAAGCUGUGUCUGGUUCACUGUACAGCUCUUUCCCUUUGGUUCUACUCCAUGGGGGAAAGAGGAAAGAAGUCUAAUCCCUUUUCUACAAAUCUGCCCUGCAGAUGCUUGAAGCCAGCAGUCAUAACCCACCCACGUUUUCUUUCAGGCUAAGCAUUCCCCAGGCCCUAAUUUCCCCAUUUUAAGGGUGAGGCCCAAAAGCAGUGAGGUUAUUUGCUCAGGACCACAUAACUAGUUGGAAGUACUUAGGCCCUAAGAGUGAAAUAGUAGUCUUCCUACACAGCCUCUCCUUUUUGUAUGUUGUGUUAUAUUAUAUUAAACUGGGCAAGUCAUUUGACCUCUCUUCUACUCAGUUUCCUCAUCUGAGAGUGAGGCUGUUACCUGUACUAUUUGUCUUCUAGGGUAGUUGUAAAAUAAGUAAAGUGCUUUGUAUACCAUAAAAUGUUACGUAAAUAUCAGCUGUUAUUUGUCUUAAGAGUAAUACCUUUAGUUUAUACAGUGCCUUGCAAUUUAUAAAGCACUUUUCUAACAGCUCUUAGGAAUUAACUGAGAAGUAGCUAGGAUUGAUAUUCAUAUAGCGUCAUAAUUGUUAGCUGGAAGGAACCUCAGGUCAUCUAAUCUAAUCUGCACCUAAACAGUAAUCUCCUCACACUUGCUCAGGGGACCCACUUUCUCCUUGAAGAUUGCUAGCAAUGGAGAAAUUUACUUUUGUGACGACUCUAAUUAUUAGGAAAUUAUUCCAUUUAUGGAACUGAAAUCAGUGCUUUUCACCCAUUAUUAUUCCUUUUCCUAUCCUUUGGAGAUAAAAUAAGACUGAUUCCUUUAACAUACAACUUCUAAACUAUUUGAAGAAAACAAUCAUUAUUAACCCAACCCACCCAAAGUUGUCUUCAGGCAAACUGAGAUGGAAGGAAUCUUAAAAGUAAUCUACUCCAGUCCCUCCAUUUUACAGAUGAGGAAACUGAGGCCCAGAAGGUUUGACAGGAAGUGCCAGAGCUAGAAUUUGAACCUAGGUUUUCCAACUCCCAAGUCCAGAUUUGUUAACAUAGAAAGUAAAAGAAGUUAAAGGAUUUACCCAAGAUUAUGUACCUGAUAAGAAGUGGAGCUGAAACUCUCCCCAAGGUUUUUGUUUCCAAGUAGCAUUGCUUUUCCCACAAUACCAUAGUGUUUCUUCCAAACCAAAAUUGUGUUAAAUAAACUGAAGGUUUUUUUUUCCUUAA